AUGUUCAUUUUAAAUGGUUGUUUUGGCUUAUGUGUUUUUAUAUAGGAAUUAGAUUGUCCGUCCAGUGUCAAGAAGCAAUUGGCGGAGCUGUUUCGAGAAUCUCUGAAAGCAACUGUGCCUAGUGAACCUGAUGUUGUUCCCUUAGUUGAAGCAUGUGUUGCAAAUAAAAAUGGUGUAAAACAUGCUGAUUAUCAGUGUAAUAACGCGAUGAGUCUUUUUCCUAUUAUUAAAGAGAAGCAACCCGAAUUCCGAAAUCCACGUUCACUUGGAGAGGGCAUUGCGAAAAAUCUCCCUCCAUCAGAGAUGGUAGAAUCGUGCUUUGUUGCCGGUUCUGGAUAUGUGAAUAUCGUCUUAUCAAAGAAGUGGAUAGCACAGAGCUUACAGAAGAUGCUCACUUCUGGUAUUCAUUCAUGGGCUCCUCGACUUCCUGUCAAGAGGAUUCUGGUUGACUUUUCCUCGCCUAAUAUAGCAAAAGAAAUGCAUGUUGGUCACCUGAGGUCAACCAUUAUUGGGGACACAAUUGCACGGAUGCUUGAAUUUUGUCAGCCGGAAUGUCUCAUCCGCCGAAAUCAUAUCGGUGACUGGGGCACUCAGUUCGGGAUGCUGAUUCAAUACCUCUUUGACAAAUUUCCAAAUGUAGAAGAUAUUAAUGAAUGUGAUAUUGGAGAUCUACAGGAAUUCUAUAAGACCUCAAAAUCCAAGUAUGAUAGUGAUCCCGAUUUUAAAACCAAGGCACGUCAGUCAGUGGUCAAGCUCCAGAGAGGGGAUCCCAAGUAUCGCGAAGCAUGGCAUAAAAUUUGUGAAGUUAGUAGGGCUGAAUAUAACAAGGUCUAUCGACGCCUUGGAGUUCAUUUGGAGGAAAAGCCAGAGAGCUUCUAUAAUCCAUAUAUCCCUCCUACUUUGAAGAAACUGGAGAAAUUAGGGCUGAUUGAAGACAGUGACGGUGCCCGUGUGAUAUUUGUUGAGGGUGUAGACAGACCACUAAUUGCUAGGAAAAGCGAUGGUGGCUACAACUACUUUUCAACUGAUCUAGCAUCACUUUGGUAUCGUUUGAAUAUCGAAAAGAUUGAUUGGAAUAUAUAUGUUACAGAUGUUGGGCAGUGGCAACAUUUUGACAUGCUUUUUAAGGCCUUCAGGCGUGCAGGGUGGUGGCUUCCAAAGGAUGCAAAUGAAUAUCCAAUAUGCACUCAUGUAGGUUUUGGUCUUGUUUGUGGCGAUGAUGGAAAACGAUUUAGGAGUCGCAGCAGCGAGACUGUUAGAUUGGUUGAUUUACUUGAUGAAGCUAAAAGCCGCUGUAAAGAUACUCUUCUUGAACGUGAUAAUGCUAAAGGUUGGACAGAGGAAGAGAUUGACAAAACAGCCGAGGCAAUUGGAUAUGGGGCUGUUAAAUAUGCUGACUUGAAGAUCAAUAGAUCAACGAAUUACACUUUCAGCUUUGAUCAGAUGCUUAAUGAUAAGGGAAAUACUGCUGUUUAUUUGUUGUAUGCACAUGCUAGGAUCUGUUCCAUUAUCGAGAAAUCUGGUAAAGACAUAGAAGAACUAAAAAAGAAUGGGAGUUUGGUGCUCGAUCAUAAAGAUGAGUGUACAUUGGCUCUUCAUUUACUACAAUUUACCGAGGUUUUUGUGGAGUCAUGUUCGAAUUUACUCCCCAACAAGUUGUGUGAAUACCUAUAUGAUUUGGCUGAAAUCUUCACAAAGAAAUUUUAUUCUAAUUGUCAGGUUGUUGGGUCACCUGAGGAAACUAGUAGACUCUUGUUAUGUGAAGCAACACUUACUGUGAUGAGACAGUGCUUCUAUCUCCUUGGAAUUGAACCAGUUGACAAGUUAUGACCACGUUUGAAAGCGGAGUUCAAGAGCAUGUUAGAGGGGAGUUCAAGAGCAUGUUAGAGGGGAGUUCAUCGAGUACGUUUUGGCAUCGUAGUUGACAAACCUUUUAGGCUAUCGCUGUUAAUGCAUUGUGACUUUGAGGGAUGAUUAGUAAUCUAGUCCUUUUAAGUUUAUUAUAUAUAAUCUUUGUAACCUUUAUUAUAUGGUAUUCUGUUAAAAUUCUAA